ACAUGUGCAACACCCCUAGCUUUUACACAAACACAUAGUUCCACACAUGCACACACACACCACACACACACACACUGAACCGAGUUUGAAAAAAACAUGCCAAAGAUAAAUGCGGAGCGCUGAUAUGAAGAAUCUACAAACUCUUAAUUUGCUGCCAAUUUUGGCCCUGGCGAGUUUGUUCAUCAAGAUAAGUGGAUCGAUCUCUCUUCGCCCAGUGCUGACUGGUCCUGACAUGGCCUACCUCAGCUCGAGGGUGGUUUUCCUGUGUAUUGCACCAGACUCCUCUCUGCCAGUCACCUAUGAGCUGAUGGGGGACGGUGGUGUCCUGAUAGACACAGUUGCUGAUCUCCAAGGGGACCAACCUGCCUCAUUCAACCUUAAGGUCACUGCAUCAUCCGAGGGGUCAUACCACUGCAAGGCGACGACAGGAAGAAGCACGGGAGUCAGCGACAGCAUCAAGCUGAGUGUAGUCACUCCACCAUCAAACACCAGAGUGACUUCUGAACCCUUUCCCCCCGUCGCAUAUGAGGGGUCACGCAUCGUUCUGAGCUGCAGCGUCACAAAAGGCUCCCACCUUUCCUACACCUGGUUUUUCAACAGGAAGGAAGUAACAGCUUUAACCUCUCCCCUCUUUCUCCUCACUGCGAACAAACUAGUGAUGAGGAAUGUGGCACCAGAGCAUGCUGGGUACUAUUAUUGCAUGGCUUGGUCCAGGGUGCAGGAAACCAGGGUUUCCAGCAGCAUAGAGGUCCAGGUGACGGUCAAAGUCUACGUUUCCAAACCAAGAAUCUCUUUCUACAUAUCUAAAGAGGGAGCCAGUCAUCGUGGCAACGUGACCUGCUGGUCAACAAGAGGGAGUCCUCCGGUCAACAUUUCUCUUUUACUAGAUGACAAAGAAGUGGGAUCUGUAACAGCUACUGAAUCCCUCGCUGCCUGGUUCCCUGUCGCCAUGGUACCCGGGCUGGACAUGGGCGUGGCUCAGUGUCGGCUGACUACUGAGGUUCAGGAGUUGAUGAGUGAGCCUGUGACUCUGGAAGUGGUCCCAGUCGGAGGUGAUGUGAAAGUGGAGGUUGAAUAUUUCUACAGAGCUGACUCCAAAAUCGCCGCAGCCAGGUUGAGCUGUCAAAUCAGCAGAGGAACUUUCCCAUAUGUGUCCUGGCUCUUGAACGACUCUGUCCUUCCCUCUGAGACACAUGAGGACUCCCAUAUUCAGCCUGUCCUGUCUCACUAUGCCCUAACGGACCAUAGACGAACCCUUGUUCUGGCCAAGCUCAGCCCAGAGGAGUCUGGGUAUUACCGCUGCAGGUCCAGGGACAGCUACGAUGACACCGGGCCCUGGGUGGAGAGUGCAGUCGUGCUGGUCCAAGUCACAGACUGGAACCUUUACUCCAUGCCUGGAGCAACGUCUACCACUGAAACACCACCAAAGGUUUUCAUGAACACCAUAGAGGCCAUUAGCAUAGCGUUCUGCUGCCUCCUUCUUCUGAUGUUGGCAGUGGGUGUAGGCUGUGUGUACAAGAUGUUUGACAACAAGCAAGGCCAUGCCCACAUUCCUACAACAAAUCAGGAGGCGAACAGGACGAUACAGACUGGGAUUCUCUGGGAUUUUAGAUGGCGCAGAAACUCUUGUAACACUAUCAGCUAUUUGCACAUGUUUCUAAGUGCGUGUGUGUGUUUACCGUUUACACCGAAAGUACUUCAACCCUCCAUUCAAAACUGUCAAAACUCCUGUAAUACACAGAGUAGUGUAGUCAUAUUUGAAGUAUACAGUUGCAUUAAAGACAGUAAUUCUUCUUCAAGAAUGUUUACUUCCUUCACCUUUGUGGUCGUACUGGUGUUGUCCUACUGUAGCAAGGAGAGCAGUCAGUCAAUUCUGGGGCAUCCACAACUGUUUGGCCCUUCGGAGGCUUUGGUGAAAACCGUUGCAGAGUUUCGGUGUAAACUGAAAAUCUACCCAGAGAAUGAGACUAUCCUGUUUCAGUUAUUUAAGGAGGAUAACCGUGAAAAGUUUUUGGGGGAAUCCACCUCCCUGGAUGGGGAGGAUGCAGUCUUCCUCAUGGUAAUCAAACCUAAGCAUGAGGGAAACCUGGAGUGUGUGGCCAAGGGACAGAACAACUCUAACAUAGAGCCCACUGUCAGCUACACACACUACCUGAAGGUUGUUGAACCAGUGAAUGGUGCAGAGAUCGUCGUCCAUUCAGGUCCAGUGGAGUUCUUUGAGGGGAAGACACUGGAGCUACACUGUGAUCUUACUGCUGGAAAUCAUGUCUCGUACAAGUGGCUGCUAAAUGGACAGCUUGUCUCUCCGUCUCGUCUCCAUUAUGUUGCAGAUGGCCGUCUCUUAAUCAACAGAACUACUUCUAAAGACAGCGGCUCCUACAAGUGUGUUGCCACCAACCACUUCAACAAAACAGUCUUCACCUCCAACAGCUCUGAAGUUGUAAUCACAGUCAAAGACGUGGUGUCAACCCCUGACAUCUCCUUCACUGUGUUAAAGCAAGAUCCCCACAACUAUUCUGCCAUGGUCACCUGUCAGUCAACCAAAGGGACUCCGCCUGUCACCUUUUCACUAUACAACAGGACAGAAUUGGUUUCCAAUACGACAGUUGACGAGACAAACGCCAUAUUUAAGGUUCCAUUGGUCUUGGGCCGGCACUUGGGAUGGCUCCAGUGCCAUGCAAACAAUGGAGACCGGAUCGAAUUCAGUCAAAGGAUUCCCCUAGAAGUUGUCCCGGUUGGUGGGCCCGUGAUGAUGCAUUUCGACUAUGACGUUGGAGAAAACCAUGCUGUGAUCGGCCUGAGGUUGUACUGCAAGGCGGCAAAGGGAUCUCUUCCACGGUACCAGUGGUUCCUCAACAACACCCUACUACAUGACCGAGGAAGAUUCUUUUACGUGGUCAACCAGCCUUCAGAACAGUCUAUACUCCUGCUGUCUGUAGGGAGGAGCAGCGCUGGAACGUACCACUGUGAAGUGUCAGACAGCUUUGACAACACCACCGCCAUAGGCAGUAAGAGGCUGUAUUUGGAUAAAGAAGUACUGAAUCGUCUCCCCGUCUGGGUGGUGGCAGUUGUCUUUGGAUGUUUCACAGCACUGAUUCUCCUGGUCUCCAUUUGUUGUUGGGUUGGAGCAAUGUUCAGGCGAAGGCAGUAUGGAGAGAAGUCUCUGAGCUUGGAGAUGGAGGGAAGGGUAGCUGCAUAUGAGGGCGAGCUGGAUUUGUCCGACUACCAUGAGGAUGCUGAUGUGGUGAACACGGCCAGAGCUGGUGAAUUUGAUCAGGCAUCUGAAGCCUCUGUAGAUGAAAAGAAGUAGAGGACCUGACCUGCUGGGGUCAGGACAACAACAACCUACUUAUAAAUGUCACUCAGCAAGACUAAAGAGAUGAUAGUUGUUUGGUAAGAAGCAGGGAAGCAACUACG